AUGACAAGGUGUAUACAGCAGAACAAAAUAGUUAAACGUCAGCGUGGCAACUUAAAUGAGGCUGUUUGGGAUUGUACCGUGUGCACGUUUAAAAACCCUUGUGUUGCAUUUCGAUGUGAAAUGUGUGAUUCCAGGAAAGGAACAGCUACGCGAAAACCAAAAAUUGUACAAAAUCAAUAUGAGAUAUCAAAACGAAAAAAUGGUAUAGAUAAUGAAACAACCGAUGAAGAUGAACACUCAACGAGUGAGGAAAACGAGUUGGAGGAUGACGAAGACGAUGAAUAUCAAACAGAUGGCGGUUUAGAAAAUAGUAUUUCAUCUCCGUCUUCUACCACAACGAAUCGAUCAGGUCGUUCAUCUUCACCUACACAACGAGCGAAUGAAAAGAAAAAACGACAACAUCGUUCUAAAUCAACAUCAUCAUCCAAUAAUAAUAAUAAUAAUAAUAAUAAUAAUAAUAACAACAACGAAUCAAAAUUGAAACAACGAAAACAAAAUAUAAAACAAAAACAACAAAAAACUUCCAAUAAACGGAACGAUAAUAAAUCCUCGAAUGAGUCCAAAAAGAAACCAGUACUAUACCAACAACAAAAGAAAAAGUCCAAACCAUCUUCAUUAUCAUCCGUAUCGUCAUCAUCUUCAUCCACAUCGAAUAGUUCUUCGUCUCAUACGACGACUGUCACAUUUGAUGGUGUAACGGUACAAAUAAGAGAAUUUAAUGUUGACAAAUUUGAACAACAAUAG